UGUCAGUAUCAUCUGCUGUUUGCUCUGCAUGAAAGGCGACCUCGAUCCUAGUGAUACCGGACUGGACGUCGGUUAUCAUCCGUCUGAUAUAUUGGAUAAUCUUGGACGACACGCGACCAGUGAUAGUAAAGUAAAUUAAUGGUGUUGGACGUGCAAGCCAACAGAACAUAAAGAGUGGUGCCGGAGAAGAUUGGCAGUGAUUCUGAAUUGUGUUGUCUUAUGAGACAAAUAAUGUAGGAAGAGGUGAUGUGGUGGCUAGAGCGUUUCUAAAUUUAGUUUAUUGACUAUUAUGAGAUGAAAUUAUUAAAUCUAGUUGGUGUCAAGUUCAGCUUUUAGGACGCCUGCUGUUGCUUGAUGUGCGCUUGUAGCUGGGUGCUUUAUUUUGGCCCAGAGGAGUUACUCUGAUGAGACUGAGACGAUAGUGUGACAAUGUGGAUAUCUGCUAGCUGUCAUUUUUUGCGUGUUAGAUUUUAAUAGAUGUGAUUCUUAAGUGAGAAACAGUGAUAACAAAUACAACGGGAUUUUCGGUCAGUUUUGUGACUUUAAUUUGAUUAGGGUGAAAUAAAAAGGUGCCAUUAGCAGCACAUAAUCCAAUAUGCGGCGUGACGAAACCUACAGGCGUAUAACGCGAGAGAAGGUGGUGGUGCGAGGCAACACAACCAUCCGGACGCUUGAUUCGACCGUAUCUUUUUUGCCUAUCGUUGAAUCCUCACAACCUUCCACGUCCAGCUUUCAGCAUAUGGCCCGGAUGAUGGACACGCUGAUACUGGAUAAUUUAGCGCCGUUUGCAUUCACCAAAAUUACCACCACCCAUCGGCCGUCAAGGAUAUCUGCAAACAACGGGCCUGGAGGUGCUCCGGGGGGUGUUGAAAAUGGUUCUCGCGUUGGUGGUGGUGGCGGCGUUCCUAUUAUUGGUGGAGGUGUCAAGAGAGCAACCAGCACGUCCAACGUGGCCAGCUGCGGUGGUGGAGGAAUCGGUGGUGGUGGCGGCGGCGGCGGCUCGAUACGUGUCAACCUGCAGAAGAAUAAAAUUCCAACACAAGGUCAGCAUAAAGAUUAUGCUACUUCUUCACCGGGCUUACAGGAGGUCCACCCGAACCCACGACAUGCCGCCAUGGCUUCCAAUGCCGCCUCGCCGCCAACGGCGACGGAUUCACGGUGGAUUUCCUCACUUCGCCGUCGGGAUCCGGAGCUUCAACCAACACUGCCUUCAAUCAAUAAUUCCAAUCACCAAAGUACCUCGUCGCUUACGCACCAAAACAGUGUCGGUUACACCAGCUCAACCAAUACACCAACGGAACGGCGCAGCAGUCGAAACAGUGGACAGAAGUCAUCGCUAAGAAAAAGUCGAUCGGUAGAACGAAUUAGGGCCCGCAAGUUGGCCACUUCGAAGAUCAAGGAACGGCCGAAGAAAUCUUCCUCCGAGGAAGGGGGAGGUUCGGACGAUCAGGAAGCCACUUCGGUGGAAGAAAAUUCACCACAACAGCAGCACUCGCCAGUCAAGAGGAUCGACAAGUCCAAGAUCUUCUCUUCCAAUGGGUAUGAAACGCAUUUGGUGGACACGCUGGAAAAGGACAUGCUACAGAAGAAUCCAAAUGUGCAGUGGAAUGAUGUUGCUGGUUUGAAUGAAGCGAAAGCAAUUCUUCAGGAGGCUGUAGUGCUACCGGUCAUUUUGCCUGACUUUUUCCGUGGAAUUAGACGACCGUGGAAGGGUGUACUGAUGGUGGGACCACCCGGUACAGGGAAAACUAUGCUUGCGAAGGCAGUAGCUACGGAGUGCGGAACAACUUUCUUUAACGUAUCCUCGAGCACCUUAACUUCAAAAUAUCGCGGUGAAAGUGAAAAGCUUGUACGACUACUGUUUGAAAUGGCUCGAUUCUAUGCUCCCAGUACGAUUUUUAUAGACGAGAUCGAUUCCCUUUGUGCCUGUCGAGGCAGCGAUUCGGAACACGAGGCUAGCAGGCGUUUCAAGGCGGAAUUGCUCAUACAGAUGGAUGGAUUGAAUGCUGCUAACGAUGAGAAGAUCAUAAUGGUACUAGCGGCAACUAAUCAUCCCUGGGAUAUCGAUGAAGCUUUCAGGAGACGGUUCGAGAAACGAGUCUACAUCGGUCUUCCGAAUGAUAACACUAGAAAGGCACUGCUGGAGCUUUGUCUGAAAGGUGUGAAUAUGUCACCGGAUCUGGAUACGGAAACAAUAGGAGACCAACUCAGAGGCUACACCGGAUCUGACAUUGCUAACGUUUGUCGCGAUGCCGCCAUGAUGGCAAUGAGGAGGCACAUCAAUGGCCUGACCCCAUCGGAAAUCAAGAUGAUUCGACGGGAAGAGGUGGACUUGCCGGUUACGGCACAGGACUUCCAGGAUGCGAUGGCCAAGACGCGCAAGUCAGUAUCGGCCAACGACGUCACCCGUUAUGAAACGUGGAUGGAUGAGUACGGAUCAUGCUAGUGCUACAUCUAAGCUCAAAGAGAAAUUCGAUGUCUCGCUUAGGACGAGACUCGAGAUCUCAACUGUCACCAAUGAAACACUCAUCCGAUAAUUACGCUCAUCCAUUCGUCACUUUCUCUACCGCUGAUCUCAUGUGAAGUUACUUGUUUCCAAGGAUCUGUUGUGUUCAUUUAUUACCUUAAGUAUUUAUUUAGCCUAAAUAUUGUAAUACCUUUUAAAUUUGUUACCGUCAACUAAUAUUCGUGGGAAAUGGAUAUACUAUCGAUUACUAGCGAAUAUUAGUAGAAUACAAUUCUGCUGAUCCCAGUUAUGUGUAAGAACAGGCUACAAUCUUGUAAUAUAUUAUCAAUAUUGUUGUUUUCUACA